CCAGGUUACGGAAGUUUGACUUUCUGCAAAGGCAUUCUGUGUUCAUAAACCCAGCAGAGCAUUUUUAUUCAAGCCUGUCACUACAAUGGGGCCGAUUCCAAUAGGAAAUUCGUCUCCAGGGAUUCGGGGCAGUUCUGGAGGAAGCUGUGACCCUCUGAACUUCUAUUGUACCAACUACAACAGCGCUCAUGGUCACCCACAGUUUGUUCCAGGUGGUGUCCACCAUCCUGGGAUUCUUACCCACCGCAGCACAGGGUACCAAUCAAACUUCCGACCGGCUGUAUAUUAUUCACCCAACUUGGACCGGAAAGAUAACCCAGCUAUGGGGUUAAUGCUGAGGAACAAUUACACAUCAAUAACCAACAGAGAUUUCGUCCCUCACCAAAAUGUGACAGGAACAGAGCCGUUGCCCCACACACUAUCCUCUCCACAAAGUGGAUUCAUCAGGAGCAGUGAAGUCACCAUACCUAAAUCCAGAGCUGUGAAGACUGUGCACUUUAACACACGGGAUCACAGUUCUGGAGUUAUUGCUGGCAUCGCACCACAACAUCGACCUCUGCUGCUUAUGCCUCAAGGAAAAGGAUCCCCUGAGGCUGAAAAUCUCCGACAUGGUCCAUCUUUUAUGUCCACAGAAUACAAAACCAAAUUCAAUGUACAAUCACCUCAUCAUACAGGCACCUUUCAAAAUUCUGUUAUCGGAGCGAUGGAAAAUUCUGGAUUCACUGAGGGGUCAGCCAUGGAACCCAUCACCCAUGAUCCACAUUCACAGCACUGUGUGCCGAUGGGGCAUCACCGACUGAUGGGACUCAGUAUCACAAAAACUGAUUUUCUGCCAAGCUCCUUAUUGCAGGGAAGAGAGCCACUCCCAGCAUUAGCCAGGAACUGUGAAAGAGAUAGUGGUUUCACCAGAGAAACGGACCAAGUCCUACAUACCAGUUCCCUGCCUAAUGACUCCAGACUUGGCAACAGUAUGAAGCAGACGGAUGAUCUUUUGGGAAGAGUAUAUGUGGGGAAGAAGGAAUCAUCUGGAUUCAGUACCAAUAAUCUAAAAUAUGUGCAGCCUGAGAAGGAGCCUCCACGACAUUACCUGACCAACUACAACCAAAGGUUUAUAGAUCUAGCACAACAUGGGAAAGAUCGUGAAGGCUGGACUCGUUUUGGAAUACAGAAUCAACUCCACAGUGGCUUCUCCGUAAAUAAUGAAAUACAUAUAACUGGCAUUUAAGCCAAAGUUUAGGAGGCGAGACUCAAAGACUGAAAUAAAAACCAAAAUAUUCCACAAACCCAAA